AGAAAAAAAUAGAGAGAGAGAGAAGACAAAGAAUGCACAGAAACUGGAUUUCUUUUAUUUUUUAUUUUUCUUUCAUAUGAAGCAAAAAGGUGUUACUCAACUAGCAAAAGGUGUUGCCUCUUGUCCCGCACAAGCAACAGCUUAUGGCCAAUGUAUUGCUUUGAGCUAUAAAGAUGUACAGAAAGAUAUGUGCCAAAAAGAAUUUGAAGCAUUUAAGCAAUGUGUUCAACAAGCGGUAAGCAUCACUUUUUUAUAUAUUUAACCCAACAAUCUGAUCUUUAUUUAGAUGAAGAAAAAGUGGUGAAUUCACUGUACUAUAAAAUCAUGUGGUUCUCUAAUUUGACAAUGC